GCCGUGCGGCUCUCGACACUGCCAGCAGCCAUGAUCGACCUCACCCAAGACUCACCACCACAAAAGAAGCGCCGCACGGAGGCCACGCCCAGCGGCGCCCUCGUCCACACGCUCGCAAGGACGCACAACGUCCAGGAGCACACGAUCGGCGCAGUGCGACGUUUGUUGGUCGACGAGCAGCGCACGGUGCCCUUCGUGGCGCGCUACCGGGCCCAGGAGACGCAGCACCUGCCGCCGGACGCGCUGCGCGCGAUACUGGACGCGCUGCACGGCGCCGCGGCGCUCGAGGCGAAGCGCCAGAAGGUCCUCGAGGCGAUGCGGGCCGCGAACGCGUCGCCCGAGGCGUUAUCGGCGGCGCGGCGCGCCGGCACGCUGCGAGCUUUAGAUGAUGCCUACGCGCCCUUCAAGGGCUCGGCGAAGUGCUCCAAGGCGGCGAAGGCGCGCGAGGACUUCCCCGCGAGCGACCGGAUCGUCGCAUCACUAUUAGCAAGGGGCGAGGAGCCGCGGCACCUCCACCCGAAGCAGAAGGAAUGCGUACUACUCGUCUUAGCCGACGCCGUGGCCAAGGACCCGCGCGCGCGGGCCGCGACGCAGCGCCGUUUUGUAAGGGGCACGGUCGCGGCCAAGAAAGGCAAGGAGCCGAACGCCGAGUACCGCUUCUACGAGGGCUGGUCGAGACCGUUGAGACGGGUCGCGGGCCACGCGUGGCUCGCGCUCGAAAGAGCCUCGAAGGCCAAGGCGUUAUCACUGAGUAUAGACCCCGGAGGUGAUGAUAGGGAGGCCGUGCGGGACCUGGCCCAAUGUUUAAACCUGCGCCAUUCGAAGUUCGCGGCACCAGCUCUCAAGGACGCCUGGACGCGCCUCUUGAAGCCGCGCGGCCGGCGCGAGGCGAAGCGCGACGGUUUACUAAGGGCCAAGGACGAGGCCAUCGCGUGCUUCGCUUCGAAUGUAAAGAAGCUCCUCGAGCAGGCGCCUCCGUUGAUAGAUGAUGGAAGUGUAUUAGCCGUGGACCCGGGGUUCCGGCACGGCCACAAGUGCUGCAUCGUAUCCGGUAGAGACGGGUCGCUGUUGACGCAUUUCACGGUCGACGCGCCCGGGGCCGAGGAUGAUAUGAAACAGGCGUCGAAGCGCCUCGAUGGUAUGAUAGGCGAUCAUACUAUUACUUGUGUCGCGAUUGGUGAUGGGACAAAUACAAGAGGCGCGCAGCGACUGGUGGCUUCUACUCCGAAACUAUCAAAAGUUCCGAGAGCCGUCGUGAGGGAGUGCGGCGCGAGUGUCUACUCGGCGAGCGAUAGUGCUGCCAAAGAGUUCGGCGAAAACGUGCCUCUGUCCGCGCGGGGCGCGGCGUCGCUCGCGCGGCGGUUAUUGGACCCGCUCGGCGCUUUUCCGCGUGGGAAUCAACCAGUACGUGUCGCGUCGAUGGCGUUUACCCUCGACGCCAUCGAGCAGACAGCACACCGUCGAGCAGCCACAAAGACAACGCCGCGUCGCAGGCGAGUACGUCAAGCUGGACCCGAAGACGCUCGGCGUCGGCUCCUACCAGCACGACUUAGAUGCCAAGCAGCUCCGAAGAGCCUUGGACGGGGCCGUCGAGGACGCCGUGAGUGGCGUCGGCGUCGACGCGAACGGCGCGUCCUCGGCACUUUUAGAAAGAGUCGCUGGGCUGAAUGCGACCUUAGCCAAGGCUCUCGUGGCUGAUAGGCCGUUCUCUUCGCGCAACGACCUGAAACGAGUGAAAGGAUUGGGCCCGAAGACGUUUGACAAUGUGGCGGGUUUCCUGCGCGUGUCAAAUUCGCGCGAGGUCCUCGACGCGACGCGUAUCCACCCGGACGACUACGGCGAGGCCUGGCGCUUGUUGCGGAAGGCCGGCGUUUCAUCAGAUGAUGUACAACGCGCUUCUGUCAAAGGCGGCGGUUUAGGUUCAGACACAAUUGAAAAACUACGAAGGCUCCCGCCGUCGUCGCUCGUCGAAUUACUGUGCGACCCUUGUUUAGCCGGCGACGCGCGGUAUGUAUUGGCGCCGCCGCCCAUCCUGGAAAGAGGGGCACCGCUCACUUUGAAGGAUUGUAACGUGGGAAGGGUCUUCGCGGGGACCGUGCGCAACGUGGCUCCUUUUGGCGCUUUCGUCGAUAUUGGGGUCGGCGUGGACGGGCUCUUGCACUCCUCGCAGUUCGGCCCUUCGGAUAGGAUUGAAAUAGGGGCGCGCGUCGACGUGGCCGUGGUGGAGGUCGACGAGCCUAGAAGGCGUGUCGGCUUGCGGUUGGCGCGGAAGCGGGGGCGGGACCCGUGAUUUUGUGGCUACGUACGAUGCUGCGAGGCCGUCCGCGUCGUCGGGAACCUCGCAAUCUCUGGUUGAAGGCGCGGACCGGAGUAUGCGCGGUCACGUCGUUCUGUGAGUCCGCCCGCGCGUCGUCGGGCGUGCUGUCGCGCCAGGAACCUCGCGAACUCUGGUUGAAGGCCCGGGCCGGGUUACCUCGUAAAACUCUGGUUGAAGGCGCGGGCCGGAUACGGCGCGUCCAGCCAGCCCCGAGAGCUCUCCGGAGGUGUCUCUGAAUGGGCCUGUGUAGUUUUGCGUCAUAAGCUAGCG